ACCAUUCUCUUUCUCUCUCCCACUCUCUCUCUUCAAUUUCAUCUUCUUCAAUUCCCAUGGGAGACCCAUGUUCCAACUCAUUAGCAAGUGUUCUAAAAUUCAAUUCCCAUUUCUCCCCAUCACAACCUUCAAAUUCCAACCCACACCUCAACAUGUCUCACAAUUGCUUCUCUUACCUCUACCCGAACCCGCCUCCGCCUCCGUCCCCGCCGCUCCGAGAGGCUCUUCCACUUCUCGGGCUGAUGUCUCCACCCGAGCAGCGGCAAGAGCAAGAAGAAGAAGACGACGGAGGUGGAGGCAGGAGAGGCGGCGACGACGAGGAGUCGGUGACCGUGGCGUUGCACAUAGGGCUACCAAGCCCUAGCGCGGCAGAGAUAGCAUCUUUGAUGUGUGGUUCUUCAUCUGAAAUUGAUCAUGUUGGUGAUGGAGAUCAUAGCAAUAAUAGUAAUAACAAUAAUCAUGAUCAUGAUUUAGGGCAGUCCACCAAAACCCUAAUAAAGGGGCAGUACUGGAUUCCUACUCCUUCUCAAAUUCUCAUUGGUCCUACUCAAUUCUCUUGCCCUGUUUGCUUCAAAACCUUCAAUAGAUACAACAACAUGCAGAUGCACAUGUGGGGGCAUGGGUCACAAUACAGAAAAGGCCCCGAAUCCCUCCGAGGCACGCAGCCAACGGGCAUGCUACGACUUCCUUGCUACUGCUGUGCACCAGGGUGCCGCAACAACAUAGACCACCCUCGGGCCAAGCCAUUGAAGGACUUCAGAACCCUGCAGACACAUUACAAGCGCAAGCACGGCCUGAAGCCCUUCAUGUGCCGAAAAUGUGGUAAGGCGUUCGCCGUGCGUGGGGACUGGCGGACGCACGAGAAGAAUUGUGGCAAGCUUUGGUAUUGCAUUUGUGGCUCGGAUUUCAAACACAAGCGCUCCCUCAAGGACCACGUCAAGGCCUUCGGUAAAGACCACGCCGCCUACGGUGGGGGUGGGAUCGACGGGUUCGGAGACGAGGAAGAUGAACCUGCUUCUGAAGUAGAGCAGGAUAAUGAUGAGUGAAAGGAUACACAGCAAAGAUAUGGGGAGCCUUAUUAUACCCAACAUUUGAGAAUAUGAUCAUUAUUGAUUUACAGAAUUAUAUUAUGUUAUAUUGUAUAAUGAAAAACUUACUUUAUUACUACUGUUAUUAUAUUAUAUGUGUAAUUAAUUAGGGAAGCUUUGUUUCUUUGGUUUGGUGCUCAUAUUAUAAAUCAUGUUUAUGUUUUGAUCCCAAAUCAAAUGUAGGGAUCAAAAUAAUCAAAUGAAAAAAAAAAUUAAGUGUAUAAAUUAAAAUCUUUUUAUUUUCUGCUUA